UAACGAGGCAUUAUGUAAUGAAAGAUGGAGAAUCAAGGAGGAAUGUUGAAGAUAAACAUGCAAUAAAAUAAUGAUUUUCCAGAUUUUUUUUGACCGAUUGAAAUGACCGCCUUUUGUUAUUUUAAUAUUUUCACCUUGCUAUAAAUAUGUGUAUUACCCCUUUGUUAUAAGUUGAGUUUACGAUUGAAACAAUAAUCAAAAAGAUCAGUUCCUUUAUUUGUAUUAUAUUUAUAUUCUUUGUUUCUCAAUUCUAUUUAAUUAUUCACAACAUGUUUCAGAUAAAAACGAAAGAGAAAGAAAACAAAUAAACAAACAGAACCAUUUAUAUGCAGACAUUUAGAUGUUUAAGAAUAUGACUGAUUCUGAACUAAAACAUACGAAACACAAGUUUUAGUAAAAAUCAAUAUUUACCUAUUUCUUAUAUCUCAAUGAAAUUAGAGACAAUCCGAUGUAAAGAACCAAAUUAAGAUAUUAGUCCAGAAAAAAAAAAGAACUUUAAAAGAAAAAUAUUCAAGAAAAUUUGGUGUAUAAAAAAUAACAAAUUCAAAUCUAUUUCUUUAAGUAUAAAUAAAUCAAAUAAUCGAAGGAUUAGAAUUUUUUAAUAAAAAGUACCUGGAGUUUUAUCGAUUUCCACUUAAAUAUCUCAAUAGAAAAACUAUUAGUUAUUUUGUUUUAUAGUAAAGUGGAUUAUUAAGCAACACAACACAUACACAUGGAAAGAACAAAGAAACAUAACUGCUAAAGCAAAAAAGACUGCUUUACAACACUACAUAUUAUAGGCAAAGCAUUAAAAUUGUGAAGAAGAUACAACGAAAUCCUCCCCCUCCUGAUAAAAAAGUAUAGUGGAAAAUAAAAUAAAUCAAGCUUAUCAAGAAUCAACACAAGGCCAACAUAAUAAAAACAAAAUAUUUUAAUUAAAGUGAGACCAAAUGAAAUGAUUUCAGAAUUCAACGUUGGAAAAGUGAUAGUCCCUACACAAGCAUCUUGUGGUUGGAGGAGCUAUGGCCCAAGGGUAAAAUUAGCACUCAAACAAAGUCCAAAUCCUCUCAAAUCUCACUUGAAAAAAAGAAGAUAAUGCCACUUUCUUAAGCAAAUCUUACUCCCCACUCACUCAAUCAGUAAUCAUCUCAAGCUAUUUAUAAGACCACUUUGAAUUCUCCAGAAACAGUAAGAAGCAAAAACCAAACAAAACAAAGAGACAAGACUUUGAUUCAAAGCUUUUUUAGGAGUGUAAGAACAUGUCGUCAAAUGAAUUAUAUUCUUCAGCUCAAGCCUUCCAAGAACAAGUCAGUGGCGGUUUUGUCUCUAGAAAACUGCUUCUGCACAACCCAUUUGACCACAACACUCAACAAGCCUUCGUGGUCGCACCAUCUUCCCUAAUCACACAUGAAAACAACCUCAACGGGAAUGUCUUGAUGCUUCUCUCAGUCCUUAUCUGUGGAAUCAUCUGUUGCCUUGGUUUACAUUACAUCAUUCGUUGCGCAUUCAGAGGUACUUCAAGUUUCAUGAUCUCUGAGCCUAUCUCCAGUCAUUCAACACGACAUGGGUCACCAAACAAAGGAAUCAAGAAGAAAGCUCUUAAGAUGUUCCCGGUCGUGAGUUACUCACCUGGGAUGAACCUGCCGGGGAUCGGUGAAGAAUGCAUCAUCUGUUUGUCAGAUUUUGUUUCCGGUGAGAAGCUCAGGCUGCUACCUAAGUGCAACCACGGAUUCCAUGUUCAUUGCAUUGACAAGUGGCUUCAACAACAUCUGACUUGUCCAAGCUGCAGACACUGUCUUGUUGAGACAUGCCAAAAGAUCUUAGGUGACUUCAGUCAAGCUGAUCAAGUGAUAGCAGCAUAUACAGAGAGCACAAUUGUCAGGAUAGCUCCUCUACAACCUGAAGGAAGAGUAAACACUUUAAGAGAGAGCAGCUAAAUGGUCAGAAAUCUAUGCUCAUGUUGAGAAUAUAUUCUCAAGUUAGAUAUAAGUUUGUAAAUCUGAGCAAAAUUCAUGUCUAUAGCCAUAGAAGAGGUCCAAAAAAAAAAAAAAAAACAGGAUAGUUCAAUUUUUUUGUCUUUCUUUAUUUUGCCUGUAACACAAAGUGUAUACAGCGAGAAUAUAUUUAUAUUUAUCA